AUGGAAGGUGUACACAAGGAUUCGAAAACUGCGAAAGGGCACCACGACAAAGAAGACCACAUUGGCAAGUAUUCGGACCACGGUGGCCACGACCAGAGCCACCACGUCGAAUCGGGUCACUAUGGCGACCACCAUCACGAAGAACACGGGAAAAAACAUGCGAAGUACGAAGAAUCGGGCAAGCAUUCCAAAGGCCACAGCACGAAAGGUAGCCAUGACAUCCACAAAAAGGACGAAUACGAAAAGAAAGUCGAAUUCUUCGAAGAAGAAGGAGACUCGGCCGAAGAAGAAAAACAUGGCGGUUACGCCAACGAAAACUCGCAUAAAGCGAUCGCUGACGACAUAAGCAUCAAACGUGACAAAAACAUCUUUAGAAAAGUUUCAAAGCCAUUAUUUGGUGUCUUGCCAAAAGGCCUUCACCCCAAAUUGCGUUCUAUUCCUAAUCGAUUUGGACCCAAAAUCGAUUCCGAUGAGACCGAUUAG